CCGCCCCGCCCUCCGCCAUGGCGGCCGAGAGCGGCAGGCAGUUCUGGAAGCGGAGCGCCAAGCUGCCGGGCAGCAUUCAGCCUGUCUACGGAGCACAGCAUCCUCCCCUGGAUUCCCGGCUCACCAAAAACUUCAUCAAGGACCGCUCCAAGGCCACYGGGCUGCCCAUGAAAAGCAAGAAGGCCUCCAGCUUCCACGAGUUUGCCCGCAGCACCAGCGAUGCCUGGGACAUCGGCGAUGAUGAAGACGAGGACUUCUCCUCCUCCUCCUCAUCCUCUUUGCAAACUCUGAACUCUAAAGUGGCCAAGGCCACGGCAGCGCAGGUUUUGGAGAACCACAGCAAGCUGCGGGUGAAGCCUGAGCGGUGCCAGCCUGCCCUCAGUGACCUGCCCACCAACUGCAAGGUCAUCAAGUCCAGCAGCGAGGCCCAGCUCUCCAGGACCUCAGAGGAGGCCUGUGUGCGGAGCCCCCUGCAGAAGCAGCAGUCCCUUCCCCUCCGGCCUGUCAUUCCUCUCGUGGCUCGAAUCUCUGACCAAAACGCCUCCGGGGCUCCCCCUAUGACCGUCAGGGAGAAGACGCGCCUGGAGAAGUUCCGGCAGCUCCUCUCCAGCCACAACACCGACCUGGAUGAGCUGAGAAAGUGCAGCUGGCCUGGYGUGCCCAGGGAGGUCCGGCCCGUGACGUGGCGCCUGCUCUCAGGCUAUCUCCCCGCCAACUCGGAGCGCCGGAAGCUGACCCUGCAGCGCAAGAGGGAGGAGUACUUUGGCUUCAUCCAGCAGUACUACGACUCCCGGAAUGAGGAGCACCACCAGGACACCUACAGACAGAUCCACAUUGACAUUCCAAGGACCAACCCACUCAUUCCCCUCUUCCAGCAGCCCCUCGUCCAGGAGAUUUUUGAGAGAAUCCUGUUUAUCUGGGCCAUUCGCCACCCAGCCAGCGGCUAUGUGCAGGGCAUCAAUGACCUGGUCACCCCCUUCUUUGUUGUGUUCCUCUCUGAGCACGUUGAGGAGGAUGUGGAAAACUUUGACGUGACAAACCUGUCACAGGAUGUUCUACGGAGCAUYGAAGCUGACAGCUUUUGGUGCAUGAGCAAGCUGCUGGAUGGGAUACAGGACAACUACACCUUUGCACAGCCRGGGAUCCAGAAAAAAGUCAAAGCCCUGGAGGAGCUGGUCAGCCGGAUCGAUGAGCAGGUACACAAUCACUUUAGGAGGUACGAGGUCGAGUACCUGCAGUUUGCCUUUCGCUGGAUGAACAAUCUGCUCAUGAGGGAGCUGCCCCUGCGCUGCACCAUCCGYCUCUGGGACACCUACCAGUCGGAGCCAGAAGGAUUCUCCCAUUUCCAUCUGUACGUCUGCGCUGCCUUCUUGAUCAAGUGGCGGAAGGAGAUCCUGGAUGAGGAAGAUUUCCAAGGCCUCCUGAUGUUGCUACAAAACCUGCCCACGAUACACUGGGGUAAUGAAGAGAUUGGGCUGCUGCUGGCUGAAGCCUACAGACUCAAGUACAUGUUUGCAGAUGCCCCAAACCAUUAUCGCCGAUAGGUGCCCGGACUGGCUCCUCUCUCCCGUGCCCGCCCCUCGUCCUGGCCCGAUCUGAUCACUGUGGCAUUUUUGUCAUCCCAAGUCCUCGGACACUCCAGCCAGGAGCUGCUCCUCRCUGUACA